UCUCUCUCUCUCUCUCUCUCUCUCUCUCUCUCUCUCUCUCCAGUUCUCUCUGCUAGCCGCUUUGAAUAAUUUCCCACUCAUUUUUUCACACAACCCUCUCUUCUAAUGGAACCCUUGCCCUCGCCCGUGACUCCACCGCCAUCUCCCAUCUCAACUUCAUCUCUCUAAUCCAAAAUCCUAAUCCUCUGUUUUUCUCUCUCUUUUACAGCUCAAAAGGGAAAACAGGAAAUCCAAACCUUACCUUAUAUUCCUCCUCUGUCUGCAACAAUCAAUUUCACCCCCAUUUCAUGUAUGACCUACUACUCUACCUGUAGCAAACUGCGACGGCGACCAUGCGAUCCCCUCAGUCACUCCGUAACGGCGGCGGCACACCAUCGCCUCACGCUCGAAUCCCUACUCCUCACCAUCACUUUCACUCGACCGUCUCUGUUCAGAAACUGAAGCGCUUCAACUCUCUAAUCCUCGUCUUCCGUUUGUCUACCUUCUGCUUCUCCCUUGCCUCUGCUGUUUUCAUGAUUACUAACUCUCGCGGCUCUGGAUCCGAUUCCCCUCGCUGGUACGAUUUCGACGCCUUCAGGUACGCCGUUUGCCCUCUUUUCCGAUUCUUCGCAUUCGAGGUAUUUCUCCUGAAAAUCAAAUACAACAGACGAGAUUUUCGAAUUGGAACCACAACUAAUUCCGCACAUACGGAAACGCACAUUUCCAUACUAAAAAACGCACUCUAUUACCGAACUAACGCUUUCCUGACCAGGUACGUCUUCGCGGCAAACGCCAUAGUCGCAGUGUACUCACUGUUCGAAAUGAUUGCCUCCGUGUGGGAAAUCUCGAGAGAAGUGACGCUCUUCCCUGAGAUUUUACAAGUCUGGUUCGACUUCGGCCAUGACCAGGCGUUCGCGUACCUUCUUCUCUCUGCGGGCUCCGCAGGGACGGCUCUCUUGAUAACUCUGAGGAGAACCGACACGUGUAGGGCUACCAGCGCCUUUUGUGUUCAAUCCACGAUCUCGAUUGCAUUGGGAUUCGCCGGUUUCCUGUUUCUCGGGUUAUCCUCGCUGCUUUCGGGUUUUCGGGUCGUCUGUUUCGUAAUCAACGGCUCUCGUUUUCAUUUAUAACCUUACUUCCUUCAAGAGGACUUCCACCGCUGAAUUUUUUGGUGCGUCAUGUCGUUUGAUUUGCCUAAUUAUAUCUAAUGGUCCUUCAUCUUUUUCUUUUU